GGCAGUCACGGAGAGCAUCAACCAGCUGAUCACCUUGUGUACCCAGCAAGCGCCUGGCCAGAAGGAGUGCGACAACGCUCUCCGGGAACUGGAGACCGUGAAGGAGAUGCUGGAGAACCCCAGCGAGCCCGUCAGCGACCAGUCUUACUUCGACUGCAUCGAAGGCGUCAUGGAGAACUCCAAGGUGCUCGGGGAAGCAAUGGCCGGCAUCUCCCAGAACGCCAAGACCGGCGACCUGCCUGUCUUCGGGGAGUGCGUGGCGGUGGCUUCCAAGGCGCUCUGCGGUCUCACCGAAGCCUCAGCUCAGGCCGCCUACCUGGUUGGCAUCUCGGACCCCAACAGCCAGGCUGGCCAGCAGGGCCUCGUGGAUCCCAUCCAGUUUGCUCGUGCCAACCAGGCCAUCCAGAUGGCCUGCCAGAACUUGGUGGAUCCGGCCAGCAGUCCGUCCCAGGUCUUGUCAGCGGCCACCAUUGUAGCCAAGCACACCUCUGCCCUGUGCAACGCCUGCCGCAUCGCCUCGUCCAAAACGGCCAACCCUGUGGCCAAGAGGCACUUCGUCCAGUCGGCCAAGGAGGUGGCCAACAGCACAGCCAACCUGGUGAAGACCAUCAAGGCUCUGGAUGGAGACUUUUCGGAAGACAAUCGGGGCAAGUGCCGGACCGCCGCUGCUCCACUCAUUGAAGCCGUGGAAAAUCUGACCGCCUUUGCCUCCAACCCUGAGUUUGCCAGCAUUCCUGCCCAGAUCAGUGCUGAGGGUUCCCGCGCACAGGAGCCCAUCCUGGCUUCAGCUCGGACCAUGCUGGAGAGCUCCUCUUUCUUGAUCAAAACCGCCCGCUCCCUGGCCAUCAACCCCAAGGACCCCAACACCUGGUCUGUCCUGGCUGGACAUUCGCACACGGUCUCCGAGUCCAUCAAGAGCCUCAUCACUUCCAUCAGGGACAAAGCUCCAGGCCAGCGGGAGUGUGACCACGCCAUUGACGGCAUUAACAGGUGCAUCAGAGACAUCGAGCAAGCCUCCCUCGCCGCCGUCAGCCAGAACUUGGCCACCAGGGAUGACAUCUCUGUGGAGGCCUUGCAGGAACAGCUGACCUCCGUUGUCCAGGAAAUUGGCCAUCUGAUCGACCCCAUAGUGACGGCAGCCCGAGGGGAGGCAGCUCAGCUUGGACACAAGGUGACGCAGCUCUCCAGCUACUUCGAGCCCUUGGUUCUGGCGGCCGUGGGCGUCGUCUCCAAGCUGAUGAAUCACCAGCAGCAAAUGAACCUGCUGGAUCAGACCAAGACCUUGGCUGAAUCGGCCCUCCAGAUGCUCUACGCGGCCAAGGAAGGAGGGGGGAACCCAAAGGCGUCACACACUCACGAUGCCAUCCUGGAAGCAGCACAGCUCAUGAAGGAAGCCGUGGAUGACAUCAUGGUGACCUUGAACGAGGCCGCCAGUGAAGUCGGCAUGGUGGGGAACAUGGUGGAUUCCAUCGCUGAAGCUAUGAGUAAGCUAGACGAGGGGACUCCGUCCGAUCCCAAAGGGUCCUUCGUGGACUACCAGACCACCGUUGUCAAAUACUGCAGGGCCAUCGCGGUCACCGCCCAGGAGAUGAUGACCAAGGCGGUCACUAAUCCAGAGGAACUGGGAGGACUCGCCUCGCAAAUGACCACCGACUACGGACACCUGGCCUCCCAGGGCCGGAUGGCAGCGGGGACGGCGGAACCGGAGGAGAUCGGGUUCCAGAUCAGAACCCGGGUUCAAGAACUCGGACACAGCUGCAUCUUCCUGGUCCAAAAAGCCGGGGCCCUGCAGAUAUGCCCAACUGACGCCUACACGAAGCGGGAGUUGAUCGAAUGCACCCGGACGGUCAGCGAAAAGGUGUCCCUGGUGCUGUCGGCUCUCCAGGCAGGGAACAAGGGCACCCAGGCGUGCAUCACGGCUGCCAGCGCCGUCUCCGGCAUCAUCGCUGACCUGGACACCACCAUCUUGUUUGCUGCGGCCGGCACACUGAAUGCCGAGAACAACGAAUCCUUCGCUGACCACAGGGAAAACAUCCUAAAGACCGCGAAGGCCUUGGUGGAAGACACCAAGCUGCUCGUCUCCGGAGCCGCCUCCAGCCAGGAGAAGUUGGCCCAAGCGGCCCAGUCUUCGGCCAGCACCAUCACGCAACUGGCAGAGGUGGUGAAACUGGGAGCGGCCAGCCUUGGCUCGGAUGACCCUGAGACGCAGGUGGUGCUAAUCAAUGCCAUCAAGGACGUGGCGAAGGCCUUGUCGGACCUCAUCGGUGCCACCAAAGGAGCCGCCAGCAAGCCAGCCGACGACCCAUCCAUGUACCACCUCAAGGGCGCUGCCAAGGUGUGGGGGGAAGGGUUUGGUUUUCCUUGCAAGUCUCGGCCAGGUCGCCUCCCGGAGCCUCGGCUUCCUCAGGUGCUGCCUCCGGCGCUUGCCUUUGCCCAAAUCCCCGGAAUCGGCUUUGAGGUCUGCCGAGGACGCGCUGCAGGGAAGGGCCCAGUUCGGCUCAGGGUCCCUCCGCCCCAUGGCUCCCGGGGACCGGAGACCCGUA